UUUGCUCGUGAGAACUUAGGUGUAAACAACGGAGUUAAUUGUCAAAUAAAAAGUAAUCAAUUUUAUAGCGAUGUACUUUUCUAUUCAAGUUUAAUGGACAUGUAAAAACGUUCAAGGAUAUUAUUUUCAGUUUCAGGAUACUGCCAUCGAUUUAAAAUGAUUUGAAUUAGUCGAGAGAAAUGACAAAAGCUAACAAUACUCCACUGAUUCUCAAGAUUACAGACAGAUAAAUUGUUUAUUUAUUCAAAAUUGACAAAAAGAUUAAUAUGGCAGACAUUGAUCAUCGAAACCGAGUUGUUUUUCUUGGCGCAGGAGAUGUCGGAAAAAGUUCAAUAUUGCAACGUUUUUUGUUUGAUUCUUACGAUGAAAAAUACACAGAAACAGUAGAAGAUUUGUUUUCUAAGGAAUAUGACAUUAAAGGUAUUCACUUAAAAGUUGACUUUCUUGAUACAGCCGGUAAUAUUGCUUUCCCAGCAAUGCGACGCCUCUCUAUUGUAAAUGCUCAUGGCUUCGUUCUAGUUUAUUCGAUCACAAACGAACAAACAUUUGAAGAAGUUAAACAAUUAUGGGAGCAAAUUAAAGAAAUGCGAGAAAAUUACGAGGAAAUUCCGUGUGUAAUUGUGGGAAAUCAUUUAGAUCAGGAAGAUAGCAGACAAAUUGAAAGAUUUGAUGCUCUGAACUGGGCAUACAACGAAGACCUAGCGGGAGGAUUUAUUGAAGUAUCUGCUAAGGAUAAUAUUGGUAUAAAUGACAUUUUUAAAAUACUUCUAGAGCAGGUUAAUCAUCCUAGAGACAAACAUACUGAUCAUUUCUCACUUCGACGAAUGAGUGUUCAUUUUGUAGAAAACAACGAAACGGAUACUUCUGAUCAUACCGAAGGUCAGGCAGAUGAUAAAUCCAAAUUUUCACGAAGUCGAAGUCGCAGUUUGAUUAGAAGAGGAAGCAAACCAAAGACGAAACGAUCAUCUAAAUCAAAGAGUGACUGUGUUGUAUCUUAGUGGACAUAAAGAUUUUGUGACAUUCACAGGACCAGUUGUGAGGCUGGACUACAGCUUUAGGUGUUUGGAAAAAAAAUCUUAUAACCGAUUUAUGACAAGGAGCUCAUGCAUUUAGACUUGCAAAUAUAUAUGUGGUUAAAGUUUAAUAAAUGCUCAACAAUGUUA